AUGGCUGAUGGAACACUUGACUCACUCUGCCGCUCGUUUACUGACAGACUGGAGGACCGUGUCAAGACAAACCAUAAUGGUGAAGCCUUCUUUCCCCGAGGUACUGCAGAAGAGGUAUUACGGAAUAGCCAGAAGAAGCUCAAAAGCCUUCUUUCAAUAUUGCUGGAUAUCCCUGUUGCGGAUACCGUCCGCUUAUCGGAACUGGUAACAGAAACACUGAGUAACAUACUCGCCAUUCUAUUGUCGUUAAAAGAAGGCCUUGAAAUUUUACAACAGUUCAGCCAGCUCUUGCCCUCAGAAACGAACCUCCCAGGGUCGCCUCUCUCGAUAACGGACGAUGAACUCCCCAUAAGUCGCGAAACGGCCCGGCGUAUCUUUCCGCUAUGCGGAAAUGAGUUUUACGAAAAACAAUUUCAUUUUUGCCCAGUAGUACUGAACGAAAAUGAAAGAGUCAUCUACAAUAAUGACAAGGGUCGUUGCCCGCUUCCCUACCUUCAACAAGAGAGCAUUGCAUCAGGGGCUUUUGGGAAGGUUUGGAAAGUCAACAUCGCAGGAAAUCAUGUGAGGUCGGACAGAGGCCGAUUGUCAAACUCUACACCAGUUGCUCUUGCUCGCAAAGAUUUCAAGAUAACCAGGCUUGAGGGAUUUGAAAUUGAGGAAAAAACUUUACGAAAUAUUAUGAACCAACCGACCCGACACGAUUCCAUCACACUGGCGAAGGCUAUUCUACAGCACGAGGAUGUUUUCAGUAUCUUCUUCCCACUGGCUACCUGCGAUCUUUGGCAUUAUCUCAGCAAAUCUAGUGAAAGUCGCAAGCCUUCUGACAUGCCAGAAAAACGCACCAUCUUCCACCGUGGAGUCACUCUGGCUGGUGCAUUAGCAUUUCUUCAUGGGGAAUUCAAAAACACGGAAACAUUUCAAGACCUUUCCUGUUACCACCUUGAUCUCAAACCCCACAAUAUCCUUGUUUUUGAUGCUGGAACACCAUUGGAGAAGUGGAAAAUAACCGAUUUUGGUAUUUCGCGAGUGAAGAGCCGAAAGAUGAAUGGCGGAAAAAGAAUAAAUCUCCAGCUGGAUACUCCCUGGAUUAAAAAGACAAGCUCACUUCGACCCAUAGAUGCGGAGUUAACAUCGCGUCCUCGAGGGGAAGGAACCUACCUCCCCCCAGAGUAUGCUGAUGAACGAGGGCAAGUGAGUUGGACAAGUGAUAUAUGGAGCUAUGGCUGUAUUUUAAGUCUUGUCUUGUCCUUCAUCGAUGGUGGAGCAGGAAGCGUACUUUCCUUCAGUCAAAAGCGUGCCGAGGCAAACCCAGAUGGUGAUCUUUUUUUCGUCAGCAGGCGUGGGAAACCACAGCCCUCGCCUGCCGUGAAUGAGUGGUUUGACAAGCUCAAAGCGAAUUCCCGUGUCCGAGGCGAGAUUGAGCAUGAGAUCUUUUGCCAAACCCUGGAUGUUUUGAGAAAAGAUUCUUUGAGCCUAGACCCAAAAUCGAGAAAAAGUGCUAGAGCUAUUGAGAUCAAACUAGGCGGGAUCACUCAGAUAUUCGACCAACCCCAUCGAAUUGCUAGAGAAAGCACCUUGAGUGCAGUGGCAAGACAUAUUCUUCCGCAGUCCAAAAUAAUAAAAGAUAUGAGGAAUAGCAUGUUCUCGAUCGAUGGGGAGCUGCUGGGCUUUUACUCACCGGAAAGGAUUGACGUCUUUCAGUCUGACACGUUGAGGCGUGCUAAAAAACGGAUAGAGCCUGAUUUUGGACCGUUCGUCAACACCAGAAGAUCACCAUGGGAAUGUUUUGCCAUUAAUUCAUCUUAUAUAUGUAUUGUACCAAAAGUAGUUCGUGGAAGUCAUCAUUUUGAGUGGAAGUGCCAUAUCUUCGCUAUAUCAUAUGACUUGCAGAUAAAAGAUGACACGGGGAAUAUUACGCCAACGAAGAUAGCAUGUCAUCCAGAAGCUGGGUCCAUUCAAUCUAUUGCCAUGUCAGCGGAUGGCAGGUUUAUGGCCUUUGUGGUCACAUGUCCUGGCUCCAGUAACUCGGAUUGCAAGGUGUAUUUGUUUCGCACACAAACUAUGAUGGAUUCCGCAACUAGCAGUGAUUACUCUCCAAGGUCCAGUCGAUCUACAUCCGCCUUUUCGAGCGCAAGCUCAGAAACGACCCCAUUGGGCUGUAAUGUCAUUGUGAAAAGCUCAAAGCUUGGCUCUAUUAAACAUAUAUUCAAAUUCAUGUUUUCUCGAGACAGUCAAACCCUAGUCAUCGUCGCCCAGCAACCCGACGAAAGGAUGCUGAUCAAAGCAUGGGAUACGAAUUCCGGUAAGGCUCUUGCUGGGUUUAUCCUUCCUUGGCAGGGACUUGCAAGCUCAAGUGAGGCAACCUUUACUGCCUGCACCAUGUUUGACACGGUUCCUUGUUUCGUCCUACUUUUACAGUGUAGAUAUUUAGUUGUCAUCAAAUCGUGGCAAAAAAGCUAUCAUUGCUGUACGCUGAAUCGUUAUUUCGUUGAUAUCCUUGCACGCGAUGACGGCGAGAAUAGUUCACUGAUACUCCUUGGUGGAGACAGCAACACCAACAUUCAGCAGGCAUAUGAGCUGCCAAUGACCAGCUUCAAUUUGUUGAGAAAUGGAGCUCCAGCCAGGAUAGGCAACAAAGAGAAGUUUGUUUACAGGAAAUCAACAGAUAGUGCUGUCUUGACAGGUUACGGAAGCGGCGAUAGAGAGCUUCUCAUAUCGAAAAAUGAUGGCAGCUUCUUAGCAAUCAAACUCCCCAAGGGAAAGGAGUUGAAUCAUUCUUGA